CAUUUGCCCCUUUUUCUUCAUAUGUCUUUUGUUCAAAUAUGAGCCACAUACUACAACAAAGUUGGAUAAAGGUGCAAUGCCUAGUCUCAAGAGUUUAUGGAUUGAAGGCUGCAAUUCAUUGAAAGUGGUUCCUAAAGGACUGAUGUACGUCACCACGCUUCAAGUAUUGGAGAUUCGCUACAUGUCUGAAGAAUUGGUAGAGAGGCUUCAAGUGCUAAAUGGAAAAGAAGGGGAGGAUUUCUACAAAGUUCAGCAUGUGCCUUCCAUCUUAUUCCAUAAUGUAUUGGAUGAUCGGAGAAGUAUGGGCAACCACUGAGGAAGAACUUGUUCAUACAUUCUAUCCAAGGGGCGUAGUAGAUGGAAAGCAAUGCUAAUGGGAGUUAUUUGCUUGUAAGCAAGUAGCACAAUAGGAGCAUGGGUACGUAUAGUCCUCCACCUUUCACUAGCUCACCUCAUAUAUAUAUCCUAGUUGCUACCAUUUGAACUACCACCAUUGGA